AUGGCGAUGGGCAGGGGCACGGCGGGCCUGGUGUCGGGCGCUGGUGUGCGCGUCGCUCGCGAGGCAGCCGUCAUCGGCAAGGCGCCGCUGGUUGACAGUGCAGGAGGCCAGCAGCUUCGAUCUGGCCUCGUCAUGUUCGGCUGCAAUGGCAACACUUGGAGCAGGAGCAUUGAGGCCAUUGAGGCCUUCUUCAAGGCGUGCGACUACUGGCCCGACGUAGUGGCGCUGCAGGAGACGAGGCUCCCGCAUGAGCGCCUGCCCAGUGCGGCGGCUCAGGCCCGAGGCCUGGGUUACGCGGCCUUUCUCCACGAGGCAGCGCUGACGGAGAAGCAGGGGCCCCAGGCGACCUCAGGCGGCGUGGCGAUUCUGGUGCGAGACGGCUUGCAGGCCGACGAGUCUGCGUGCCCGCUGCCCUCGGCCUUGCGGCACCGCCUCAUCGGAGUGGAGGUCGCCGCCGCCUCUGGCCUGCGGUUCCUGGUGCUCGCUGGGUAUUUUCAGCACUCUGUGGGCCCUCGAGGCACCAACCUGGACAUGUUUUCGGCCAUCUCGGAGGGCUUCGGUCUACGCCCUCAUCGCCCAGUCCUGCUUCGCCUCCAGGAUGUUCGGGCAGAUGCGUUGGUGGAGGUUCCGUCCAGGCCAGCACGCUUCCCCGAAGUUGCCCCUGAGCUCCUUCGGGCGCACGAGGACGCCGAGAUUGUGUGCUACACGGUUGGCAAGAAGGGACAGGUCGCGCCCAGGGGCGUCUCGUGGUCCUGGGACGCAGGCACUCCACCGACCAGCCUCUCCGCCGCCUUCAGCGAGUGGGCGGCAGCUGCCGAAGGCACCCUGGUCGGCAUCCACGGCAUCGGCCAGGCAGACUUGGCCCGUCAUCUCGGCAGAGGAGAGGGGCCUAGGCUGUCCCUCAAGCCUCUCAGUGCCCUGGUCAGGCGGGGUGCCAGGUUCAGGUUCAGCCUCCUCACGCACCGCUUGAGGAGCUGCCUGGACGUGGCCCUCCAGCGGGUGCGCGCGGAGAGGACUGGCCGCUGGCACCCUCGGCAUGCAGACUGGUACGGGCACCAGGCCGAGCUCAGGGCGCAGCUCUUGCUAGAGGCGGUGCAGGAGGCUGCCGACUCGGUCGGUGGGGCUCUCCCUGGCGCAGCUCCUGAUCGACUAGGCGACCUGGUGUUUCAAGCGGGCGUCCACGGCAGCCCUGAUGCUGUUCGGGAUCUUCAAGGGCUGCUCAGUGUAUCCCAGCGCCGCGACGCGGCUCAGAGCGCCCAGGCCUGGCGCAACUGGGCACAGACAGCGGUCGAGAAGGGCGGUCGUCUGGCCCACCGCUUCUCGAAGGCGACGGCCCCGCCGACGGUCAGGGACGCUGGCUCGGGCAGGAGGCUGGUUGGGAUGGCAGCGAUUGGAGAGCUCACGAGUGUCUGGCAGAAGCUGUGGCUCCAGGAAGGGUUUGCCCUUGGCGCAGGGGCCAGCAGCUGGGACGUUGGCGAGUGGCGGCUGCCACCCAUCUCGCUGGAGCAGCUCCAGGCAGCCUGCAAGCGCUACAGCCCCUCGGUGGGUCUCGGGUGCGACUCCCUGCACCCUCGGCAGAUCCUCCUGCUGCCCGUGGCGCUGCAGCAGCGCAUCCUGGACAUCCUAUCGGCCUACGACGACGCCCCUGCAUCGAUCAACGGGCAGGUCUCCCUGAUGGCCCCUAGGAUGAUCCUUGCGGCGGGCAUGGCUUCCCCCGCCUUCGGCACUACUGGUACGGUGUUGGCUGGGUGUGCGUGUGCGACAGCAGUUGCGAAGCUCCCAGUCCUGGGCGCCCUCCUGGCCGCGGGGGCGACGUGCCCCUUGGUCACGCCGAGGAAUGUGGUCGACGACAUCUCGCUCCAGGCGGUCGGCACGGCCCGACUCGUGAAGCAGCAGAUGUUGGCCUCCAGCUGUGCAGUGGUCCGCCAGCUGCGUGAGCAGCACCUCCCACUCAACGAGAGUAAGUCGGUCUUCCUGGCCUCGUCGCCGCAGCUCGCCAAGGAGCUCUCCGAGGAGUGGGCUGCGCAGGGCUUGGCCUUCAAGAGGGGACUACAGGCGAGGAACCUCGGCACCGACGCCAACAUCACUCGUCGUGGAGUGCAUGAAGGUGCUGUGCGCGCGGUCGGCGGCCUUCGGCGAGGACGCAGGCUAGGGGUGCUUCGCUCAGCUGGUGCGGCGACCGAGAUGGUCCACCGUGCUGGGCCCACCGCGGCGAUGCUGUGGGGGCGUACUGUGACGGGUGUACCUGAUAGGGAGCUUCAUUCGUGGCGCUUGGCGGCUGUGCGCUCGGCUGGGAAGUUCCCUAAGGGCGCCUCACUCGGGCUGAGACUCAGAGCGGUGGAGGUCAUGCGGUCCAUCGACCUCGACCCGAGCCCCGCGCUGCUUCGCGCCGCAGUGCAGAUGGCGGCCAGCCUCCUUCAGUCGGGGGAGGUCCCGCAGCGCAUGUUCGAGACGGCCUUGCAGGAGGCGGAGCGGAGGCACGCGGGAGCAGCAGCCCCUUGGGCGCACUGCCGUACGCCUGUGGACGCCUUGGCCCUCUCGCUCACCAGGGUGGGCUGGAGGCUCGUCCAAGGCACCCGCCUCGCCACCGACGACGGCCACAUCCUGGACCUGCGCAUGAUGGGGCCGCGCGAGCUGGGCCUGCUGGCAGCGGCAGGGGCGCGGCGUGCUUCGGACAGGUCAGAGCUGGCCCGCCUCGGCCACGGUGCGCUCCCCCCGUCGCCCCUGUUCUGGGAGGCCUUCUCGGAGGUCCUUGGGCCUGGCAGCAAGCUCAGCCCCAGGGAGAAGGCGGCGGUGGUGAGUUUCCUGUCCAACGCCCACUGGCCCCAGACCCGUCUGCACUCGGCGGGGGAGAGGGAGCACGCUCGCUGCUGCGCUUGCGAUGCCUCCCGCGGCAGCCUCUGGCACAGGCUGUUCGAGUGUCCAGUCCUCGCGGGGCCGAGGCGCGACUCUACCUCCGACCGCCUACGGGGCUGCGCACACCGUGCACGUGGCCGCGGUGAAGAGGCGGGGGAAUGCUUCGCGCGCUGCUGGCUUCCGCAGCCCCCGAGGGCCGCCCCGAGGUCGGAUGCCAUGGCGGUCAUGUGGUGCAAUCGCCCCGCUGACGGUCUCCUCGGGGGGCGCCUCUACCUGGAUGGGUCGGCGCUCGACCCCGAGCACGAGAGCCUACGGCGUGCGGGUUGGAGCAUCGUGCAGUGCGACUCCGACGGCAACAUGGAGUGCGCGGUGUACGGCAGCGUGCGCCAAGACCUCUGCCCUUUCCAGACGGCGAAGGACGGCGAGGAUUUCGCGGUCUGGAUGCUUUCUCGCUUCCUGGGCCCGAGUGUGGACGAGAUCCUCAUCGAUUGUGCGUCUACGGUCAGCUGCCUCACGUUGGGCAAGAGGUACGCGACGGCAGCCAACAAGCCCAAUGCCCAUCUCUGGGAGGGGAUCUACGCUUCGCUGGACGUGGACAUGCUCAAGGUUACCAAAGUGGCGGCCCACUGCGCCGCCAGAGACGUGAUGGAUGGCAAGAUCACGGAGUCGGACCUUCGCGGCAACGGUCAUGCAGACCGCUGGGCCAAGGCAGGUGCGGAGCUGCACCGCGCCAGCCCUGUGGCCAGGCGCGAGUUCUUCGGCGCGAUGGAGGUGGUGAGGGAGCUCUCAUGCUGGGUGGCGCAAGCCUCCCUCAUCUGGCAGGGGAUCGAGGUCAAGGACUGCGAGGGCCUACCCGAGGGCAGCGAGCGGACGGCUGUCUCCUUCGCCGUGCCUGUGGUGGAGCCCGCCAGCAGCCGCCCGUCCGACUCGGGUUCGGGCGACGGGUGGGCGUCGGCGGCGCGCGCUGGUGGCGUAUCCCUCGGUGCGACGGCCUUCGUCGUCGCUGGCCACGUCCUGGCCUUUGCCAGGUGCGGGGAGGGCGCCGCCGAGCAGGAGCUGAUGGCGUGCACCCACUGCGGGGCGUACGCGCGGCUGGGCGGACGCUCAGGCGCGGCGCCCAAGCUCAAGGAGCAAUGCCCAGGGUCUUCUGGGCUUCCCAAGGGCAGGCGAGACCAGAAGGCGCGCUGGCUGCAGGGGCGGCAUCCUGCUGGCACGCCCCACAGCGGCAGCAAGCGGGUCGGCGCGACAGUGCCCAGCCUGCGCAAGGAGGACGUGGUGCCGAUGGACGCCAGGGUGCGCUUCCUGCAGUGGCUGGGGGUCCGCCCCGAGGAUGCCCCUGGCGGCGAGGCCGCCGGCGCCAGCAGCGGGCCCCCCAGCGGCGCGGCGGCCGCUGGCCGAGGAGGCGGCAGAGCCGUUGGCGCCUGGCCCCGCGGGGGCCUCGAGGGAGGCAUGGCUGAGCGCCUACGGACUUGACGAGGCGAGCCUCCUCGAGUGGUCAGCCGCGGCUGAGACGGCGCGCGAGGACAGGCGCAAGAGGCGCCGCCGUGCUGAUGAUGACGAGGGGGAGUGAUGCAGCAUCAUCUUCUUCUUCCUGUUGUGUCCGCCCCCCUCGUCUUCUUCUUACUGUGAGUGCGUGAGGCAGCAACUUCUGCCCCGCGCCUCUUUUGCAGCGAGGAGGGCUUGUUGGGCGUGCUUGCGCGCCUCGGCCCCUGCUGCCUUCUUGAUUUCUUUGAAAUCGUGCGCUUCGCGCGUCUGGCGCUUCGCGCCCUCCCCUGCGGUGGCUCCUUAGGGGCCCCUAGGUUUGGCCCUUGAGGCCCUGGGGCCAACGGGCUCCGCGGGCCUCGGGCUCCUUUUAGCCUUCACAGGCCCCGCAGCUCACAGCUCACACAGGAGUACGGCAGACCCCACAUGAGCACGGAGCGCGCCUUCAUUUUUUUCCAGUGCGCAAUGCCGUGGGUGCUCUUGAUAGCCCUCGACGAUUAAAGUCGCUCUCUCACGUGCUCUAUGUUGUUGGCACAUGUUGUAUUGGGCUCAAUGUGGUUGCAAAGCUGCGGCAGGGUGUGCGCGGUGGAGGUGCUUCUAUUAGCCCUGUGAGAUCCAACUUUCUAGUAGGUGAUCUCGGGGCGAUUCUUACCGAUGUUUAUUUUCGGCAUGC